GCUCGCCAGCCUACGACCGCAUCAGUCACGCAGAUAGUCGACCCUCAAUUGAAUGCGCAAUGAAGUUGAAAUGUUAGCAUGUCUUAUCCCUCGCCGAUCACUACCAUGUCCAACACGCAGCGAAGAAAAUGGAAGACACUCGACGUGCUCAUCCCAGAAUCAAUGAACACAUCACCACCAGACUCAACAUAUAAGAUCCCUUGCUUUCCUUACCGUCUUCAUCACAAUCACAAGACAACGACUACGAAACUCGCAACCUACACAACCAAACCAUCUACCUCUCUACCUUUUUCAACCACCACCACCACAAACCCACACACAAAAUGCCUCGCGGAGCUGAAUACGACGACGGUGUCCCUCACAGCGACAACGCUAUCGAGGCUGGCCAGACCAAGGUCCACGGCACCAACCCUGAUAACGACACCCUCAGCCGCGCCCAGCGCACCGCCCCCCUCCCCGAAGAAUCUGGCCAGUCCAGCGGCUUCCUCAGCGCCCAGGGCAGCUCCGGCCCCAACAAGUACGGCAGCGGCAAGGGUGGCCACGAGCCCAAAACCCUCGGCGAGAAGAAGGGGCUCGGUGCCCUGCCCGGCCAGUAGAUUGAUGGCUGCAUGACCAGAAACUUUUCUGAUUGCAUUGGAGUUCGGGGGAUGAUGAUACGUUUUUACAAAACAGCUUACAAAUGAUGCGGUUGCGGGGGGAUAUAUGAUAUCCUGCUUUUGUAUGAUAUACUUUUUCUGGUUCCACUCAUGAGGUGUGGAUGGUGAUGAUGAUUG